GAUAGUACUAUUAUUGUGUACUUCGACUAUUUCUUUAUUUUGCUACCUACUACUUCGUAGUCUGUGAUUUACAAAUUACACUCUAUCCGUGAACUCUACAGCUGUGUGCCAUACUGUCAGCCAUUCGCCACUCAUACUAAUACCGUAGAUAACAUUCUUAAAUUUCUAAUACCGCUUACAUAUUUUAAUUAUAAUUAUGCAUUAUUUAUUACAAUAUAAUGUUUGACCAUCGUUUUUUGAGUAGUCUGGUAUUUAAUAUUUCAGUCAUCAUUCACGAACCAAAGACGAGCUAACAUCAAAUAAUUGUCAUUGAAUAAUCUCAAAACUACCAAGUUUUGAUAAGUUGCAAGUUGCUGCCAAUGCUACUUAUCUCUUCUUUUACCCAGUAAUCUCGCAAAAAGAACCUAAUUGGCAAAUUAAUAACUUCGUAAUUAAAAAUAAAAAAGAAUACCUAAAAUAAAAUGAGUCCUAAAAUAUUUGUUAACAUCUUGACUUCUCCAAAGUCUUUAUUUAAAACACAAAUAACACAUGGAAUAUAUGUUCAGCAAAUAUACAGACGCUGGAAGAAUGAAUCAAAUUCGCCGCCAAAAGACUUUAGAAAUUUACAGACUAUGCAAGACAUUAAACUAAAAUUAUCCAAUAUAAUGGGUAUAUCUGGAAAAUAUGAAAAUGAAGAAAGGGGAUGGUUAUCUGAGUACCUGCCAAAAGAACAAAAUGAACUACCACCUCGCUCUAUGAAUGACAGUUUUGACAGAGCUAUAGUUCCCUUGAGUACUGAUUUGACAUUGCAAAAUAAGUACACUACAACAUUCAAAAGUUUACGAAUUGGCCGCCUUUUAGAAGAUAUGGAUCUUUUUGCUGUUUGGAUUGUUAUGAAGCACAUUUAUAAUCCAAUGCAACCACUGGAUGUUCCAACACCAUACGUUGUUGUAACAUUACUAGUAGAUGAUGUUGUCAUAAAUGCUAAUCGAUUUCCAGAUAAAGAUUUAAUUCUAAGCGGCCAAGUAACUCAUGUUGGCAAAACUUCAUUAGAGGUUACUUUGUGGCUUGAACAACUUAAUAAUGACAAAUUUGAGCGUAUUACAAGAGCUCAUUUUGUGUUUGUUGCUAGAGAUCCAACAAAUACAUCAUCUGUCAUGGUAAAUAAUUUAGUACCAGUUGGAGAACGCGAAAAAAAUGUAAUGAUACUUUCUGCAAAAAAAAACGAGGAUAGAAAAAUGGCUCGCCAAAACUCAAUAUUGAAUAAAAUGCCAACACCUGAAGAACAAUCACUUAUAUAUGAAACAUUUAUGAAAACAGUCAAUAGAAAAGAGCCAAUAAUUGGUAAUAAAAUAUUACCAGAAAAUAGUGUGUGGAUGGAUGAUACGAUGCUUGAAACUAACAUUCUUUGCCAUCCUGAAGAUCGAAACUUACAUAAUACUGUUUUUGGUGGUUAUUUGAUGCGUGUUGCUACUGAACUUGGAUUUUUAGUAGCAAGUGCGCACAGCAAAACAAGGGUGACAUUAGAAGCAAUUAAUAGUAUUACUUUUCGAAAACCAGUUCCAAUUGGUAGCAAAUUGAAGUUAAAUGGACAGAUAUGUUACACCAGUGGUAGAGUAAUGAUAGUAGAAAUUAUUGCCAAAGUUGAAGAACUUGAAAGUAAAAGAAGUUUAACUUCUAACUCAUUUUACCAUGUUUAUGUUGCUCCAAAUGAUGUUGAUUCAGUAUUACCUCAGAAUUAUCAUGAUUCUAUGCUCUUCAUUGAUGGGCGUAGACGGUACUUGGAUUUUGUCAACCACUUAGAAAAGGGACAACCCGAGGAUAACUAAGAUUAUGGGAAUGGGGUUUAUAAUAUUUUGAAGGAAUUCAAAUAACACAUUCUAAUAAGCUAAUUUCCUAACUUUUAUGAAAUUUUAAAACUAAAUGGGUGUUGGUAAACAGUUUAUUCAAUACCAAAUGAAGUUUUGAUAAAAUACAAAAAACUUUUUUUUUUUGUAUAAAAAGUUACCUCUUUAAUUUUAAAAACUUAAUAUUUUUAUUUGUCGCAUUUUUGAGUUUAUAAUUUGUUAACUAAUAAAAGUACUUUGUAACUA